CGUGGCUAUAUAAACAUGGCUGGCCGAGGCGCACCGCGGGCGGUGCGGAGCGCGCGUGUGGGCGCCGCCGGACGCUGCGGGUCUGUGGGGUUUUGAAAUUUCUGGCGGGGAAGCGUCCAGCGCCAGCUCCCCGGGUGGGAACCGAAGUGACGCCCCGAAGGAGCUGCCGGUCCGGGCGUUUCUGCGGCGGGGACCGGGAGCGGGCUGAGGCGCGCACGUGCGGGCGCCGCUGAGGGAGUGCCCGGUGGUGUCGCCGCCGGCCGGGCCCGGAGCGCGCGUGUGCCCCGCGAUGCUGCGGUGCCCGGACUGCGCCCGACUCGGUUGUCGCCUGCCCCGGCUCGCCUCGCCUCAGCUCCGGGAAGGGCAGCGCCGCUGCCGCUGAGUCCCCGAGGGGAUGCCGGCGGGCCUCACGGAGCCGGCCGGCGCCGCCGCUCCGGUGGUCGCGAGCGCCUCGGGGGCGGUGACCGUGGCCCCCGCCGCCGCCGCCGCGCUGCCCGUGCGGGUGGAGGGCACCCCGGUGGCCCUGGGCCCCGUGACUAAGCCUCCUGUCAGCGUCUGCGUCGAGUCCGCGGCGCCCCAGCCCCUGCCAUCCCCGGUGGGGACCCUAGUGACCAAAGUGGUUCCUGUCACUGCUCUUCCUAAACUCGGCGGCUCCAGGCUGCCCGCUCCUCAGAUCGUCACCGUGAAGACUCCGGGCGCCACCACCAUCCAGCUGCCCGCUAAUUUGCAGCUGCCUCCAGGAACAGUUUUGAUCAAAAGUAACAGUGGUCAGUUGAUGCUGGUAUCUCCUCAGCAAGCUGUGACAGGAGCCAAGACCACAAGUAACAUAACUCCAAGGCCAGCAGUACCAGCAAACACUCAAACAGUCAAGAUCUCUACAGUGCCGAAUUCUAGCUCGCAAUUAACGAAGAAAGUAGCCGUUGCUCCUGUUAAUAAUUUGACACAGAUAGGAACUACUUUGACAACCACUGCCUCCAGUGUUUCUUCAGGACAAGUAAGUGGGUCUGUGGCUGUACCUCCUGUCAAGCCAGUGAAUACUGUAGCCAUCCUGAAGCCAUCAAGUUUGGGAGCAUUAUCUACUCCCUCAAAUGACUCCAAUCUCAAAGCAGAGACCUCAGUAGCUGCUCAGACUAGUUUUUCUCCGACAGUCCUGGAAAAUGUGAAAAAAUGCAAAAACUUCCUUUCAAUGUUAAUAAAACUAGCAUGUAGUGGAUCACAGUCCCCAGAAAUGGGACAGAAUGUGAAGAAGCUGGUGGAGCAACUUUUGGAUGCAGAAAUUGAAGCAGAAGAAUUUACUAGGAAACUGUAUAUUGAACUCAAGUCUGCACCUCAGCCACACCUUGUACCUUUUCUUAAGAAGAGUGUGGUUGCCUUAAGACAGCUUCUCCCUAACUCCCAGAGCUUCAUUGAGAACUGUGUUAAGGAAAUCUCUGGUGAAGUGGUCAUUGCCUCUUGUACCACGACAGCAACAACUUCUGUGGUUACAAGUACUGUUUCCCCAGCCCUUGUCUCUGGAGCAACAGCACCCAGAACUCUGUCUGUUCAGACUCUGAAUCCACUUCCUGGUCCAGGAGGAACAAACACUGGAGUUGUCACACUGCAUUCUGUGACCCCAGCUGCUGCAACAGGAGGUACAACACCUGCAACUGUUUUGCUCCAGACUUCAAAACCUCUUACAACAUCAGUACCAAAUACAGUGACAGCAGUAUCCAUUCAUCCUGAGAAGCCAGUUGUUUCUGGGGCAGCAGUUACACUGGCCCUUCCACCAGUAACUUUUGGAGAAACUUCAGCUGCAUCUGUUCGUCUUCCGUCUGUGAAGCCCGCCAUUACCUCUGCUGGGACCAAACCUGAUAAACCCAUCGUUGGCACUCCAGUCCAGAUCAAACUUGCACAGCCAAGCCCCCUCCUUGCACAGUCACCUGGCGUUCCACAGGCCGUCCAAGUCAAGCAACUCGUAGUCCAACAGCCUUCAGUAGGCAAUGCAAAUCAAGUGACCACCAUUUCCCAUUCCUCAUCAUUGACCACUCAGAAAUGUGGGCCGAAGAUGCCAGUGAAUACUGUAGUGCCUGCUACUUCCAUCAUAAAGCAAAUUACUCUGCCUGGAAAUAAAUUUCUCUCGCUUCAAGCUCAAACAUCUUCUAUUCAGAACAAUAAAAUAAAAGAGAAUGGAGCACCAUGCUUCAGAAGUGAAGAUGACAUCAAUGAUGUGACUUGCAUGGCAGAGGUCAACCUUGAUGAAGAAAACGCCCGCAUCUUAGCAACACAUUCUGAAUUUGUUGGCACACUCAUUCAGUCAUGUAAAGAAGAACCAUUUCUUUUCAUUGGAGCUCUACAAAAGAGAAUUUUAGACAUUGGUAAAAAGCAUGACAUUACAGAACUUAACUCUGAUGCUGUGAACUUGAUCUCCCAUGCAACACAGGAGAGAUUACGAGGCCUUCUAGAGAAACUGACUACAAUUGCUCAGCAUCGAAUGACUGUUUACAAGGGAAGUGAAAAUUACAUCUUGUCUACCGACACCAGAUCACAGCUCAAAUUUCUUGAAAAGCUAGAUCAAUUGGAGAAACAGCGGAAGGAUCUAGAAGAAAGAGAGAUGUUACUAAGAGCAGCCAAGAGCCGUUCCAAUAAAGAAGAUCCAGAACAGCUGAGAUUAAAGCAGAAAGCCAAAGAGUUGCAGCAGUUGGAGCUGGCCCAGAUCCAAUACAGAGACGCUAAUCUCACAGCUCUUGCAGCUAUUGGACCACGGAAGAAGAGAUCACUAGAAUCAGGAAACGAGGGCUUCAAAGAUAACCCUUCUGCUUCUGGGACGUCCAGCCUAUCAGCCACCAAACCAUUACUUCGUCCAAAAAUCACAAGAAUCUGCCUCAGGGACUUGAUAUUCUGUAUGGAACAGGAAAGAGAAAUGAAGUAUUCUCGAACCCUAUACCUUGCCCUUUUGAAGUAAUCAUCCAUUCAUCCAUCCAUCCAUCCAUCCAUCCAUCCAUCCAUCCAUCCAUCCAUCCAGAUACUCACUGUUUACUGCCAAAGAAGAUAUAGAGAGCACUGUUGCCCUGUCCUGAAAUUUACUCUGGAAAAUAGUCACCAGUAUGGAAGACCUCUGUUUACACUGACAAACUUUUUGUUUAUUUGUUUGUUUUUACGCCUUGUCUGUAUGUCCUGUGGGUUCUUGCGAAUGAGAAUUCAGAUGCUUCCUGAAAGUCAGUACCAAGUAUACUUUAUAUAGAAGUAUCACCUUCCUACCUGCAUUUAAUUACAGCAGCUAGGGGCUCCCUCUUACCACCUCCGUCUUCUGUUUUUUCACACCAUAGCAAUAAGGUGCUCCCCUCUGGUACAGGCUGCAUCUAGAUGUAGGAGAAAGGAAGAGUCAGAAUGUAUCCUAUACUGAACCUGUCUCCUAGUGUUAGAUUUUAUGCCUGCAAUUAGAAGUUAAUUAGAUAACUGUGACAGUUACCUUCUGGAGUGGAAGUGUAACAAGCCACACAGUAGGGUCAGUUUCAACUUGUGUUAGUUGAGCUAGAAUUACAAAGAGAGUGGAGGGGACCAUUUGUGCCUGAGAUUGCUGACUCUCUGGCUCCCCACACUGCACUGCUUCUGAUACUUAGUAAGGGGAAUCCUUGUUAGCUAGGUUUUAAAACUUAAAUUGCUACUUAAUAUACCUCACUGAAAAAUGAAAAAAUUAGAAAGUACUGGAAGAAAUAUGAGGAGGUCUUACAUUCAAAUUGACAGGGGAAAAAUGAAAAAGGCAUUAUGAAACAAAUGUGUGUACUGUGUGCCCAAGGAGGGUGGCUGCACUUGGAAUGCCAAAACUGGUCCUUGUUUUGGUGAUGGGGGAAAAAAAUUAUUGGUCAACCAAAAAAGAAAACCUGGCAAACAUUUAGUUAUAGUAUUUUAAAAGAGGAUGGUUUGUUUUUGUAUUGUUUUAAUUUCUAAGAUGGAGCUCUUUCUUUUAUAAAGAAUCUCCCAUUUACUCUAUGUUUUAAGCAUCUACUGCUUUUCAAAACUUCUAACUGCUGGCAAAACAUUCUAGGACUCCCUUCGCAUUGUCUACUUAGAGGUGCUUUCAGUGCCUCACCCUUGGGGAUGUGGCUCUAAAUGUGAGCAACACAUUAUGCACCGCUCUCUGAAAGCUGAUAUUCAAAGCACUCCCCCAAUUUUUAAAAUCUACCUGUGUAGAUAGUAACUGAUAAAAAAUAAGAGUGGGCUUCAUUUGUGCUCUCCCCUUUAAAAAAAUAGUGGAAUUGAAAUCACAUAGCGAAAGAAUGCCACACCCUCCCAGAAAAUAAUUAAAGGAAAAUGCUAGAGAAAGGAUUCAGGAGAAACGCCUCUAGUAUAUCACUCUCCAUCCUGUUCUUCCCACGGGGUCUGUUAUGGCCGUAUUCUAUACCAUUGUAAGAAUUUAAUUAGCCACAGUUUUUGUUUUAGCAAGUUAUGUAAAAUGCCGUAAAUUAUGUAUAUGUUAAAGUAACUUAACAAGAAAUCUAUACCCAAAGUUGUUUUGUAUAUUUAAAUGCUUAGCUUUAUUUUUUGUAAAGUGCAGUGUGCUCCCACAUUUGUGUAAUCGUAUUGAUCAGAUGUUUAAAAUUAUUUCAAAUACACCAUUAAAAUAAUUAUUUUAUGAUUAAAAAAAGCAACAAAACACAAAACUUUGCUCAGUCACUGACUUUGCAGCAGUUUUCAUUAAUAGCUAGUCCCUGGAGGACUCAGAUCUGCCUGGCAGUGAGUCUCUUAUUUAUUUUGGACUGUGGGCAUUUGGUUCUGGAAUCUCACUUAAAUCUAAGUUGCUUUAUCACUUCCUUUGCAAUAAUUUGCCUGCUGUUUGACUCACAAAGAAAGCUAAACAUAGUUAUUAUGAAAGCUUUUCUUGGCUCAUUGAGUUUCUUACCAAGAUACUCUUUCAAAAUUUUUAAUAUAAAAUCUUUUUGUGAUAUGCACAUGUGUGGUGUGUGUAUGGGUGUCUUCCUCUCACCUCUCUUCUUAUAGUUGAAAACAAGGACUCACUGGGUCUGGAGCUCACUGUGGCCAGCAGCUGCCCUGGAUCUUCCUGUCUCCACCUCUGAGCUCUGGGCUUUCAGGAGCCUACCAGCAUGGCUUUUUACAUGGGUUCUGGGCAUCCACACUUGGACCUUAUGCUCACACAGCAGGCACUCCAGCCACAGAACCAAUUCCUGAGCCUUUAAUGUAAGUUUGGAAACCUGUGGUGCAAGGUGUAUAUUACACAAAUACAGAUGUGUGUACAAGAUAUUCUUCCACACAGUUGGCAAAAUAGAAGCUUUGGGGCAGAUUUGGAUUCCAGAUGUGUUGUCUUUAAUGUACAAUAUUAAUGAGAAUUGAAUUUUUUUUAUGUGAGUGCUACUGAUCCAACUCAGGUUGUCAGGUUGGUGUAGACACACUUUUACCCACUGAGUCGCCUCCCUGGCCUCAAUAGUCUUGUUUUUACAGAAGAAAUACUGAAACAUAUUUUUCUAUUUUGUGUGUGUGCAUUUAUGUUUAUAGGCAUGAACGUGGAGGUGAGAGGACCACCUGUAGGAAUUGUCUUCUUUAUUAUGUGGGACUGGAGAUCACUUCAGGUCAUCAGGCCUGGCAGCUAGUAUCCUUAGCCUGCUGAGCCAUUUCAGUGACCCAACAAGCACGUUUGAAACCUAUAAAACUUUUCAAGCUUAUAAUGCAUGACAUGUUUUAUAUCAUUAGAAUUUUGUCAAAUGAAAGACUUUUUACUACUGAUGUCAUGGUUCCAGCAGAAAACACAGCAAUCAACAUUAAGGCAUAAUUUUUAAGAAAGUAACAGGACCAAGGAACAUGCUGAUUUGGACUUUAUUACUUUGUCUGUUGUGGAAUGAGUCAGUUAAGUGUGUCUACAAGUUUGCCCUCAAAAGUUCUAGUUAUAUUCUGCAGGGGGAAAAACUAUAUUGUGUCACAUGUCUGAAUAUAACCUAGUAGAGAGUUUUUACAUUGUACCAUCCACCUUGUGCUACUCUGUCUUACUUGUCCAAUGUCAAACAGUCUUCUGGGAAAACCUGUGUCGAGUUGAUUAAGUUUAUUGCCUAGUCUGUAGCACACACGGCUUGUCUCAUAGUUUAAGCUGGCUCCACUCUACAGAAAGUCCUUGGUGGAUGUCCCGGGGUACUGGCAUCACCAAAAUGCUGGGGUCUCUACAACUGGCUGAAUCUUUACCAGUAGUAUCUCAUGGUCUCUCCUUAGGGACUCUAAUGCUGCCACAUAGUGCCAGGCCUCAACUUCUCUCCAUGAGCCCUUCUAUCUUGGGUUUCCACAGCAACUAAGUCUGUAACUUUACCAAUGGCCCUACCACACAGUACUAAGUCUCAGCUGCUCUCCAUGAACACUUCAUACCUUUAAAAUCAGUACCACCUGAGUGACUCUUAUACUACCAGCAUCAGGUAAGAGCAUCCCUGGAUGCCUCUGGGACAUAGCUUCUAUGUGCUGACCCAGAGGAAACAGUUCCAGAAGAUUUCACCUCUAUGAUGCCAGUCUCUUCUUAAUCACUACUGAUUUCUCAGCUUCAGUUGGCAAGUAUCAAUUGUCACAGAAAACAAAGGUUUUACAUUUGAACUCUGGUCUCUUACUAAUCACAGCCAAUUCUGUUGGCUAGUUCUGUUGUGAACUUGGUACAAGCCAGAGUCCUUUUUAGAAGAGGGAACCCCAAUUCAGAAAAUUUCCCUACCAGGUAAGCCUGUGGUGCACUUUCUUGAUUGAUGAUUGAUGUGGAACGGUUCAGCUCUCUAGGUGGUGCCACCACUGGGGUGGUAGCUCUGAGUGUGACAAGAACACACGGUGAGCAAGUCAGGAAACAGUACUCCCAAUGGCCUCUGCUUGUCUUGUUCCUGCCUCUGCUUCCUUCAGUGAUGGAUUAUGUGAUGUGGCAGUGUAAACUGAAAUAAACCCUUUCCUCCUCAA